UUUGUGCACUUCAUGUCAGUGUUUAGAGUCUGGACUGAUGUACUUUCUGAGCUAGCUAGUUUUCUCGCCUUUAAGUCCUGAAUUUGAAACCAUUUCUUGACAAACCAUAAGCACCAUAAUAAGGAUUAAGAUAACAAAAUAUAUAUAGGGCAGUAUGGAAUUUUCUGCAACUGCAGUCUUGGCAGGUUUAAUCUUAGCUCUGUUGUGGAUGUUUCAUGUAAAAAACAAAAGGACCGGGCGUUUACCUCCCGGACCCACUGCACUUCCUCUCAUAGGAAACCUUCUCCAGAUAGACAAAACUGCACCUUUUAAAAGCUUUGUUAAGCUCAGUGAAACCUAUGGGCCAGUGAUGACAGUAUACCUGGGCUGGCAGCGGACAAUAGUUCUGCUAGGAUAUGAUACAGUGAAAGAAGCCUUGGUGGACCAGACAGAUGAAUUCACAGGCAGAGCGCCAAUUCCAUUUCUGCACAACCCUAACAAGAAUUAUGGUAUAGGGAGCAGUAAUGGGGAGCGCUGGCGCCUGCUGCGACGUUUUACACUGACCACCCUAAGAGACUUUGGGAUGGGACGCAAGGGGAUGGAAGAAUGGAUCCAAGAAGAAAGCAAACAUUUGAGGGCUCACAUGCAUACAUUAAAAGGUACACCAUUUGACCCUUCAUUCUUAUUGAGCUGCACUGUGUCCAAUGUGAUCUGCUGCCUGGUUUUUGGUCAGCGGUUCAGCUAUGAAGACAAGCAGUUCUUGCGCCUCCUUACCAUUCUUUCUCAUAUAGGAAAACUUAACAGCAGCCCUGUGGGUCAGAUGUACAACCUCUUUCCACGUCUCAUGGACCAUCUUCCAAGUCCCCACCACAAAGUUUUUGAAGAGUAUGAAGAGGUGAGACAGUUCAUCAAGAAGAAGAUCCAAGAACACAAAGACACACUGGAUCCCAGGAUCCCACGAGACUACAUCGACUCCUUCCUCAUCCGAAUCAAUCAGGAAAAGGACCUUCCCACAACUGAGUUCCACUAUGAUAACUUGGUCUCUACAGUAAUGACUAUAUUUCUGGCUGGAACACAGACCACCAGCUCAACCCUAAGAUAUGCUCUCAACGUGCUGAUCAAAUACCCCGACAUACAGGAGAAAAUGCAGCAAGAGAUCGACACUGUGAUUGGAAAAGAGCGAUGUCCCAACAUGGAGGACAGGAAGUCCCUCCCCUUUUCAGAUGCUGUCAUCCAUGAGGUGCAGCGUUUUCUAGACAUUGUCCCCUUCAGCCUCCCUCACUACGCACUGAAUGACAUAUCCUUCAGGGGUUAUACGAUCCCAAAGGACACUGUGAUUAUUCCCUUGUUGCACUCUGUGCUGAAAGAGGAAAAGCAAUGGGCCACGCCCAGGUCUUUCAAUCCCCAGCACUUCCUGGACAAAAACGGCAACUUUAAGAAAAAUCCUGCAUUCGUGCCAUUCUCUGCAGGGAAGAGGGCCUGUGUUGGUGAAUCGCUGGCUCGUAUGGAGCUUUUUAUCUUCAUAGUUUCACUGCUGCAGGAUUUCACUUUUUCCUGUGCUGAAGGCCCGGACAGUAUAAACCUCAUUCCAGCGUUCAGCAGUUUUGUUAAUGUGCCUCGUAGGUACCCUAUCAUGGCCACACCACGCUGAAAGAGAUGCUCUGAUACAGUUAGUUUGCGAGUAUCUCACUGAUGCCAAACAAUAGAUGCUAAUUUUGAGUCACGUAUUUUUUUUUUUUGUUUGUUUGUUUAAUGAGUUCUUGUUUCCUGCAUUGAACUGUUUUCUCUAUGCAACAAGUAUCUCUACUAACCUUAAGCUUCACAUACCGUGUAGGUCAAAUUUGACCCUUUUGACAUCAAUAACUAAUAAAUAAAUAAUACUUGACUCGACUCAGCGCGGUUUGAAGGUGUUUCCAUUAGUACCUGGUACCAGGUACCAGAUACUUUUUAGUACUUAUUCAGCCAGGGUUCCAAGCGACCCGAAAACGUGGCACGGAAGGACAGCAUGCCACUGAUUGGCCAGGGAGUGUCGUCACUAGUUGAGUCAUGAGAGCAACUCCUUCACCAGAGUCAACUGUGCCAUUUUUAAAACCCGACAACAAAGAAAAUGGUGGCACGCAAAGCACAGGUUGAAUGCCCAGACCGACAGUUUGCAGUGGUAGUUCUGCAACAUGAGAGCCAUCUGACACGCACACACAGCAUAUCAUAACCCUAUACUGCCCCUAA